AUAUAUAAAUCUCUGAGAAUCUUCUCUCUUCUCUCUCAUCUCAUACUUUUCAAAAACCAGAUAAAUCUCCAUCACUCACUCUCUCUUGGUUUCUUUUCUUCCCUCCCGUUGAAGAAAGAAACAAAGAAACAAAGUGGUGGUGAUGAUCCAGAGUUAGAGAAAGAAAAAGAGAGAUACUGAGAUUAUAGUAAUCAACUUUAUAGAUCUUUUAGGGUUUUCAAUCGGGUUGGCAUUCUCCUCGUCAGAAAACCAAACGUGAUAAGAUGGUUGCCCAGGUGUUUAAAGUGGAUUUAAAUAAACCUCUCGUCUUCCAGGUCGGCCAUCUAGGAGAAGAUUACCAAGAGUGGGUUCACCAGCCAAUUGUUAGCAAGGAGGGUCCUCGGUUCUUUGCAAGUGACUUCUGGGAGUUCUUGACUCGUACACAAUGGUGGGUAAUUCCACUAGUUUGGCUGCCAGUUGUUGGUUAUUCUGUUAACAUUUCUAAGCAAAUGGGUCAUACUCUUCCUGAGUUGGUUCUGAUGGUGAUGGGAGGGAUAUUUAUUUGGAGUCUUUUAGAAUACACGUUGCAUCGGUUCCUUUUCCAUAUCAAUACUACAAGCUACUGGGGUAAUACUUUACAUUAUCUUCUUCAUGGCUGCCAUCAUAAGCACCCUAUGGACGGAUUGCGUCUUGUUUUCCCUCCGGCCGCAACAGCUAUUCUUUUGGUUCCUUUCUGGAACUUGGUUAAGCUUUUUUCAACUCCUUCUACUACUCCGGCGUUGUUUGGAGGUGGCUUGUUGGGUUAUGUUAUGUAUGACUGUACCCACUACUACUUGCAUCAUGGACAGCCAACCAAAGAAGUGCCCAAAAAUCUGAAGAGAUAUCACUUGAAUCAUCACUUUAGAGUUCAGACCAAGGGGUUCGGGAUCACUUCUUCACUCUGGGACAAGGUUUUCGGAACACUUCCACCAUCCAAAGUAGGUGAGAAGAGUAAUUAACGAUACAAAUGUAUUACCUGCCGCGGAGGAAAUAGAACCUUGGGUUUUGGUAUGUAGAUGAAAUUGGAGCCAAGAUCUUUCUUUUCAGUGGUGGAUGGUUGGGAAUUGUUUUGUUUUAGCAGAGUUCUUAAUGUUUGUAUCCAUUCUUUAUUUGUCUCUUGUCCUUCAUCUACCUUAAUCUUAGCAGCUUGUGCAUUUUAGCAGAUUCGUUGGAGUGUUAGUUUUUUGUGGUUAAUAUGAAUACCUCCCUUAUCUUUUGACUGA